CAAAGCAAAGGAACGGCAGUGUUUUGUCCGUCUUGUUUUUAACAUUCACCGCUGUGUUUAUUCCUUAUUCCGCACGUAUUUCUGUCAGACCACCGACUUUUUGGUGUGUGUGUUUUUUGUGUGUUUUUUUUGCAACACGAUAAUCACGCGUCCACUCCUCUCUGCGCAAUUUGUGAAGCUUCUCGCUGGCCGCCGUCGACCCACGUCAUCUACCGGCACUUCGCCCAGUGUCGCGUCGCGUCGCGUCGCGUCGCGUCGCCGCGCCUGUCGUGUGCAAAUGUGUCCAAUCGAAAUGCUGAGAGCGCUGCUGAAUCAGCGGCUGAGCGCGGCCGCCGAGGAGAUAUUUGUCGCGUUUGAAAAAACCAUCGCGGAGUACGAGGAGGAACUCAGCAGGACUAAAAAGGAAAACGAGCGACAGCGUCGACAACUGGACCGUUUCAAGCCUCAAGAUGUGUUACGCAGAGCAGACCCCCGUGAACAAUAUCUUCCCCCUCAGCAGCGGGAAUGGAGUUGCAGUGUGGAGCAGGAGGUGGCAGAGCCCCAGCUCAUUAAAGAAGAGGAGCAGCUUCAAGACCUGGACGUCCCUGUGUUUUGUGUCAUUGUGAAGAGUGAAGAUGAUGAAGGCAAAGGUCAGAUGGAACAGAACAGAGGGGAGGAGCCUCCAGGCAGCAGCUCAAGUCAGCACGUGACAACAGAAGGUGACCGAUGUGGAGGAUCACAAGCAGACAGCCUCCUUGCUCCACUAUCAGAUAGUGAUGACAUCAUGUCGCACUCUCCAGACUCUGGUGAUGAUGAACACUCUAAAGGGGACAAGACAUGUCACAAUGACAGUGAACACUGGCAAUGUUCUCAAUGUGACAAAACGUUUGGCCUCAAGAUCAAUCUGAAAAGACACAUGAUAAUUCACACGGGAGAAAAACCUUUCAGCUGCUCAGUCUGUGGCAAAAGAUUCACCCAGAAAGUCCACCUGACGUCACACGUGAAAAUACACACAGGAGAGAAACCUUUCAGUUGUUCGCAUUGUGGUAAAAGAUUUCAUCGCAAGACACACUUGACAUCACACACCCGGACACACACUGGAGAAAAGCCAUUUUCUUGCCCGGCCUGUAACAAAGCUUUUAUUGAUUAUUCAGCAAUGAUUAAACAUUCAAGAAUACACACAGGAGAGAAACCCUAUUCCUGCUCCUUCUGUAGCAAAAGUUUUGGUGCGAGCUCAACAUUAGUGACACACCUGAGAACCCACACAGGCGUGAAACCUUUUUCUUGCUCACUCUGUGACAAAAGCUUCUAUGAUUGUUCCGGUUUGGCUCACCACAUGAAAACGCACACUGGAGAAAAACCUUAUUCCUGCUCGCUGUGCAGUAAAAGCUUCCGUGAAAAUUCUCUUUUGACCAGACACAUGAAAACGCACACUAGUGAGAACGUGUUCAGUUGCAGUGUGUGUGAUCUAAAGUUCUCUUAUAAGUAUCAGCUUGACAAACACACGUGUGCUGGUGAGAAGAGCAGCACAACAUGAAGCUGCAGGACUUCAAGUAAUCCUUGCAGAUACGACAUCGUGUUCUCCCGCUACAGCGGGUACGGAAAGUAUUCAGACCCCCUUCAAUUUUUCACUCUUUGUUGUAUUGCAGCGAUUUGCUAAAAUCAUUGAAGUUCAUGUUUUCCCUCAUUAAUGUACACACAGCACAACAGAAUUGAACUGGAGAGGAUCUGCAAGGAGGAAUGGCAGAGGAUCCCCAAAUCCAGAAGUACUUAAAUGAUUGUAGCAAAUGGCUGCAAUGUAACAAAGAGUGAAAAUUUUAAGGGGGCCUGAAUACUUUCCGUACCUACUGUAUAUCGAAGGUUUUUUUUUAAGCAAUUUUUAAAAAUAGGUUUUUACGGUAUACAGGCAAGUCGGAAAUUAGAGUUGCGCCACGCUGUGCCACAAUAUGCAGGGCGGCAAUGGGGGUGGGGGGGGGGGGCGCUACUGGACGAGAUGCAGCACUAAUUAAGAGCAAGAAGAGGCAGAGAAGGUUACCAACAUGCUAACAUUUGCUUGUGAGUAUUGUUGGAUGCUCCUCUUGUUUGUCUUGCUGAUCUGUGUUUGUUAAAGUAGCAGUUGUUUGAAGGUUUAUAUAAUUAUCAUAUCAUUUCCGUCCAUUAGGAGGCUUUUCACACUAUAUGUUAACAUUAAGCUAAGGGACUUUUGUUAGACAAAAUUACAUGGUGUGGUUGAACAUUUUGGUGUUUAAAUAUAUACGAUUUGAAUUCUCGGUUGGAUGUGUCUAUUUUACAAUGAACUUCAACUGAGAGGAAGGAAGAAAAAAAAAACAGCUUGAAAGAAUCGCAGUCUGUCUCUUAUUUGGAGAAAUGUGUGAGCGAAAUUGAGAACACACGCUAACGAAUACUGUUACAGAUGGGUUUUAAUAAUCUACCUUCAAUAAAGU